AUGGAGCUCACGCCGGAGGAGCUCACGGGCAUCUACACUUGGGUGGAUGAGAUUCCCUUGUCCAGGCCAAAGAAGAACAUCGCCAGGGAUUUCAGCGAUGGAGUACUUGCUGCCGAGGUUGUGUCGUAUUACUGCCCUCGACUUGUUGACAUCCACAACUAUAGCGCCGCAAACAGCUUGGCACAAAAGAUGUACAAUUGGAGCACUUUGAAUGAAAGAGUUUUCAAGCACUUCAAUCUUCAGCUAUCCAAGGAGGACAUUAGCGCUGUGGCGGGUGCGCAGCCUUUGGUGAUCGAG